UAUGCAAAGUGCGGUAGGAGAACAGGACCCUACUCAAAUGCUUGGACAAAGCCACAACCAGAUAUUGAUGUCAUAUUUAUGUGCACCAAAGUGGAUUUUUUUGAACUAGAUCGAUGGGCGUAAGGAGGCUUUAAAGUUUAAAGUCUAUGUUAGGUGUGGAUGAAUGGUAAAGAGAGUCUUCGGUUGGUUCCUUAUCUAUAGCUUCUCGUCUACCCGAGAGCUUGUCUCUGAGUAUUUCUUGAAAUCGAAGACAAAAAGUUCUUUAAUCUCUGGCACUUGAUGGAGAACCAAACCCAGAAAAAACCCAGAAUUUUGUGCCUUCAUGGGUUCAGAACAAGCGGUGAAAUCCUCAAGAAAUUGAUAGGAAGAUUGCCUGAAACUGUGCUCGAAAAGCUGGACCUUGUCUUCCUCGAUGCUCCUUUUCCUGCUGGAGGAAAGUCCGAUGUAGAAGGCAUUUUUGACCCUCCUUACUACGAGUGGUGGCAAUCCAACAAGGAUUAUACAGAGUAUACGAAUUUUGAAGAGUGUCUUGCAUACGUAGAAGAUUACAUGAUCAAGAAUGGUCCUUUUGAUGGAGUACUGGGCUUCUCCAUGGGGGCGAUGUUAGCAGCUGCAAUGCCUGGAAUGCAAGCCGAGGGGGUGACUCUUACGAAGGUACCAAAGAUAAAGUUUUUGAUAAUUAUAUCUGGGGCUAAGCUUGGAGGAUCCAAGUUUGCGGCACCUAAGCUGGCUGCCAACGCUUUUUCAUCACCCAUUACCUGCCCAUCUCUCCACUUCAUAGGUGAGACAGACUUCCUGAAGCCAGAUGGGACUGCUCUGCUGGAUUCAUUCGUGGACCCUGUUGUCAUCAAUCAUUCCAAAGGGCACACCGUUCCUAGACUUGAUGGUAAACCGCUGGAAACAAUGCUCAGCUUCAUUGAGAAGAUUCAGAUGAUCCCAUGAGACGAAGAAUAGAUCUGGUUUAGGAUUUGAAGGCUGCUUUAUUGCCUCACAUUCUCACUGAACCAUAUUCAUUGUCUUUUUCUUAUAAUCAUGUAAUGAAAAGUGCCGUUAAUCGACGGUCAAUAAUCUUAUAUUUUAUGAUGAUAUUAACCACUGGUUAACUUUAUAAGAAA